AUGGAAAUCAUGAUGAUAAGAGUGGACGUUCAAGAAGACGAUGAAGUAACCAUGGCACGUUUCUUGGCUGGUCUCAACCGAGACAUUGCCAAUAUUGUGGAGUUGCAACACUACGUCAAGGUGGUAGACAUGGAGCAAAUGGCUAUCAAUAUCAAGUCAGAGGUUGAAAAUGAGUCCGAACCGACAUUUGAUGAGGUGGAAGAAGUAGAAUAUGCUGUAGAUGGUGAGCUUUUUGUUGUUAAACGAAGUCUUAGUCUCCAAAGUGUGGAAGACAAGCAACAAAGAGAAAACAUCUUCCAUACUCGGUGCCAAGUCCAAGGGAAGAUCUGUAGCGUCAUCAUUGACGGUGGGAGUUGCACGAACGUGGCGAGCACUUUCAUGGUGGAAAAACUUGGCUUGCCAACCACCAAGCACCCGAGCCCAUAUAAACUCCAAUGGUUGAAUGAUGGCGGCGAAUUAAAGGUGACAAAGCAAGUACUCGUAUCUUUUACCAUUGGAAAAUAUACGGAUGAAGUGCUUUGUGACGUAGUUCCCAUGCAUGCGGGUCAUUUGUUGCUUGGACGCCCGUGGCGGUUUGAUAGACGAGUUCUCCAUGAUGGGUAUACCAAUACGUAUACGUUCAAGCAUAUGGGAAAGAAUGUGCCGUUAGAACUGUUAGCACUGAAGCAAGUUUACGAGGAUCAAAAGAAAUUGAAAAGUUCUGAUUUUCAAGAUGUAUUCCCGGAAGAAACUCCGAGUGGGUUGCCACCUCUUUGCGGAAUCGAGCAUCAAAUCGAUUUUGUGCCCAAAGAUGUUAUUCUAAAUCGACCAGUGUAUAGAUCGAAUCUUGAAGAGACUAAAAAACUCCAACGGCAAAUCAAAGAGUUGGUGGACAAAGGUUACAUUCGUGAAAGCCUUAGUCCUUGUGCCGUACCUGCCUUGUUUGUGCCAAAAAAGACGGAAUGUGGCGAAUGUUUCGUAGUUAGCUCGAAGGGCUUGGAAGUGGACCAAGAAAAGAUAAAGGCUAUUCAAGAGUGGCCGAGACCUACAAGCUUUAGCGAAGUUCGAAGCUUCCAUGGUUUGGAAAACUUCUAUCGGUGUUUCGUGCCCAACUUUAGCACAAUAGCCGCACAUUUAACAAGCGUGAUUAAGAAGAAUUCAGCCUUCUACUGGAACGACGAGCAAGAGAAGUCUUUCAAUGAAAUUAAGAGUUGUCUUACUAAGGCCCCUUUAUUGCCAUUACCCGAUUUUUCUAAAACCUUUAAGAUUGAAUGUGAUGCAUCAAGUGUCAGAAUCAAGGCCGUGCUAACCCAAUAUGGAAGGCCUGUGGCAUAUUUCAGUGAGAAUUUAAAUGGGGCUGCGCUUAACUAUCCCAUUUAUGACAAAGAAAUGUACACACUUAUUCGAGCUCUCGAGACAUGGCAGCACUACCUAUAUCUAAAGGAGUUCGUGAUUCACUCUGAUCACGAAGCGUUAAAACACAUCAAGGGCCAGCAUAAGCUAAAUAAAUGCCAUGCGAAGUAG